AUGAGGGCUUUCAAAGAGAAAUUAGGAAUCCUUUGGCUAUGCAUUUCUAUCUUCGAAGGUCACAUGGUCCAAUCGGUUCCCUAUGAUCAUACAGCGAGCAUCGAGUGCCUGAGCAACCCGAUGAGACCCCUGUACAACGGCGGCGUCAUCAAGAACAGCAAGUUCGACAGAGGCCUGACGGACUGGUCCGUGCCCUGGGACGUCAAGGCCACCGUAAGCAGCUCGCCGUCCGGCAACAAGUUCGCCGAGGCGACGACCGACGGCCAGCCAUCGCACACCGUCUACCAGACGGUCCAGAUGCAGCCCAACACCCACUACUCCCUGUCAGCGUGGCUGCAGGUUUCGGCUGGCACGGCCAACGUGAAGGCGGUGAUCAAGACUCCCGACGGCCAAUACGUCGCCGCCGGUGCCACCGUCGCCAAGGCCGGCUGCUGGAGCAUGAUUAAGGGCGGCAUGACUGCCUAUUCCUCGGGACUAGGCCAGCUGUACUUUGAGGCCGACGCGGCGGUGGUGAUCUGGGUGGACAGCGUCUCGCUGCAGCCGUUCUCGUUCGCCGAGUGGGACGCGCACCGCCAGCAAUCCGCCGGCAGGGCACGGCGGAGCACGGUCAGGAUGGCGGCGAGGGGUCCCGGCGGCACGCCGGCGGCGAACGCCACCGUGAGCGUCGAGCUCCUCCGUCCAGCGUUCCCGCUCGGCAACGCGAUGACGAGGGAGAUCCUGGACAUCCCGGCGUACGAGCAGUGGUUCGCGUCGCGGUUCACGGUGGCCACGUUCGAGAACGAGAUGAAGUGGUACAGCACCGAGCCGAGCCGGGGCAACGAGGACUACGGCGUCGCCGACGCCAUGCUCGCGCUCGCCGAGCGGCGGGGCAUCCGGGUGCGCGGCCACAACGUGUUCUGGGACGACCAGAGCACGCAGAUGGCGUGGGUGCGGUCGCUGGGCCCCGACGAGCUCAGGUCGGCGAUGGAGCGGCGGCUUCGCUCCGUCGUGUCGCGGUACGCCGGCAGGGUGAUCGGCUGGGACGUGGUGAACGAGAACCUCCACUGGAGCUUCUUCGAGGGAAGGCUCGGCCCGGACGCGUCGCCGGCGGCGUACCGCCGGGUGGCGGAGAUCGACGGCGCGGCGCCGCUGUUCAUGAACGAGUUCAACACCGUGGAGCAGCCGAUGGACAUGGCGGCGAUGUCCAGCAAGUACGUCGCCAAGAUGAACCAGAUACGCGCCUUCCCCGGCAACGGCGGCCUGAAGCUCGCCGUCGGGCUGGAGAGCCACUUCGGCACGCCCAACAUCCCCUUCAUGCGAGCGACACUGGACACGCUGUCGCAGCUCAACGUCCCCAUUUGGCUCACCGAGAUUGACGUCACCAAUGGACCCAACCAGGCGCAACACUUGGAGGAAGUGUUGAGAGAAGGGUACGGGCACCCUAGCGUCGAUGGCAUGGUGAUGUGGGCCGCGUGGCACGCCCAGGGGUGCUACGUCAUGUGCCUCACGGACAACGACUUCAAGAACCUCGCCGUCGGCGACGUCGUCGACAAGCUCAUCGCCGAGUGGAGGACGCAUCCCGUGGCCGCCACGACGGACGCCGACGGCGUGGUCGAGCUCGACCUCGUCCACGGCGAGUACAACGUGACGGUGACGCACCACCCGUCGUCGCCGCUCGUGCCGUCCGCCGUGCGCACGUUGACGGUGGAAGCGUCCUCGUCGGCGUCGUCGUCGUCCGUGUCAGGGAAGGUGAUGCGCAUCAGGUUGUAGGAACAACUCCUGGAUUGACAUGCGUACAGAGGAUGCAAUGCAGAUUCAGAAGAUAAGCAGAUCGAUAUGAUUGUUCAGUUUCACAAGAAGAAGAAAUAUCCCUGUCCUGUCCAAUCCCAUGGAAAAUAUUUGAGGAGGGGUCGAUUCAGAUUUUUUUUUGGGGGCGGCUGGGGUGGAGGGGAAGCAAAAUGUAAUAACAAGAAGAAAUGUGGAUUUUCAGAUGAAAUAUUAUUGGCCGCCACUGGAAUAAUAUGGGCUCAGAAUACAUAAUGUAGUUGUUUAGAAUCAAUUAAUCGAUCUCUCUGCUGCAAAUGGGUUUUUAAUUUGAUCAAUGGGAGUGGUGUUUGGCAGAAUUUACUACGAAAUUAUUUAAAAAAUCACAUCCCAUCCUUUU